CCGAUCAUCUCUCUCCGGCUGUACCUCUAUUCCUGCUCCACUAGCCCAAUCAUGGACCUCGCAGCGAGGUGUGCGUUCCUGUUCUCCAGCUUCGCCCUGCUCGCAGCGCUCGAUCUGGACGCGAUUGAUCCCGGCUACUAUGUGGAGACCAGCAGCCCGUCAGAUGUGAUCGACUACAAAGAUCCCUGCAAAGCUGUUGCUUAUCUCGGAGACAUCGCGCUGGAUGAGGAAGAUAUGCGCAUGUUUAAAGUGGACCGCAUUGUGAAUUUAGCAGAGAGAACGGUCACAAUUCUGAAUCACACAGAUACGGGUUCACUUAACAAUGAGACGAAUACAAACGAUACGGCGUCCAAUCGGGGAACCCAUCGCAGGAAGAGGGCAGCGACGUCCAGACCUGAGAGGGUGUGGCCCGAGGGCGUCAUUCCUUACGUCAUCAGCGGGAACUUCAGCGGAAGCCAGAGAGCCAUAUUCAGACAGGCCAUGAGACACUGGGAAAAACACACAUGUGUGACAUUCAUCGAGAGAACAACAGAGGAGAGCUACAUCGUCUUCACCUACCGGCCGUGUGGGUGCUGCUCGUAUGUGGGCCGGAGAGGAGGGGGUCCACAGGCCAUAUCCAUCGGAAAGAACUGUGAUAAGUUUGGGAUUGUGGUGCACGAGCUCGGUCACGUGAUCGGAUUCUGGCAUGAGCACACGCGACCCGACAGAGACGAUCAUGUCAGCAUCAUACGGGACAACAUCCAGCCAGGACAGGAGUACAACUUCCUGAAGAUGGAGCCUGCUGAUGUGGACUCACUCGGAGAGGGCUAUGACUUCGACAGCAUCAUGCACUAUGCAAGAAACACCUUUUCCAGAGGGAUAUUUUUGGACACCAUUCUGCCACGAUAUGAUGUGAAUGGAGUUCGGCCGCCCAUCGGUCAGAGGACCAGAUUGAGUAAAGGAGACAUCACACAGGCACGCAAACUUUACAAGUGUCCAAGAUGUGGAGACAGUUUGCAGGAGAGCAGUGGGAACUUGUCUUCUCCUGGUUUUCCGAAUGGUUAUUCAGCCUAUAUGCACUGCAUAUGGAGAAUCUCAGUCACACCUGGAGAAAAGAUCAUUCUGAACUUUACAUCAAUGGAUUUAUACCGGAGUCAUCUGUGCUGGUAUGAUCAUGUGGAGAUCAGAGAUGGAUAUUGGAGGAAAGCCCCAUUGAAAGGUCGAUUUUGUGGGGAUAAAUUACCGGAGCCGAUCAUCUCUACUGACAGUCGCCUGUGGAUUGAGUUUCGCAGCAGCAGCAACUGGGUGGGAAAGGGCUUCUCUGCUGUUUAUGAAGCCAUUUGCGGUGGGGAGGUGAAGAGAGACAAUGGUCAAAUUCAGUCUCCGAAUUACCCAGAUGACUACAGACCUAACAAAGUGUGCGUGUGGAAGAUCACUGUGACUCAGGGUUACCAUGUAGGCCUUACCUUCCAGUCUUUUGAGAUCGAGAGGCAUGAUAACUGUGCAUACGACUACCUGGAGGUUCGAGAUGGGAACUCAGAAAGCAGCCCACUGUUGGGCAGAUUCUGUGGUUAUGACAAACCUGACGAUAUUAAAUCCAGUACCAACCAGCUCUGGAUGAAAUUUGUGUCUGAUGGGUCUGUCAACAAAGCUGGAUUUGCUGCUAAUUUCUUCAAAGAAAUGGACGAGUGCUCCAGACCUGACAACGGUCGCUGUGAGCAGCGCUGUGUCAACACGCUCGGUAGUUACAAGUGCGCCUGUGACCCUGGGUAUGAGCUGGCUGCGGACAAACGGAGCUGUGAGGCUGCCUGUGGUGGUUUCAUCACCAAGCUGAAUGGGUCCAUCACCAGUCCAGGCUGGCCCAGAGAGUAUCCACCCAACAAGAACUGCAUCUGGCAGCUGGUGGCGCCUACGCAGUACCGCAUCACGCUGCUCUUCGACGUCUUCGAGACGGAGGGGAACGAUGUGUGUAAGUAUGACUUCGUUGAGGUGAGGAGUGGUCUGUCCGCCGACUCCAGACUGCACGGGAAAUUCUGCGGAGCUGAGAAACCAGAGGCCAUCACCUCUCAGUACAACAACAUGCGCAUUGAGUUUAAAUCUGACAACACGGUCUCUAAAAAAGGCUUCAAGGCCCAGUUCUUCUCAGAUAAAGACGAGUGCUCUAAGGAGAACGGCGGAUGUCAGCAUGAAUGUGUGAACACCUUUGGCAGCUACAGUUGUCAGUGCAGAAGCGGCUUCGUUCUGCAUGAGAACAAACAUGACUGCAAGGAAGCCGGCUGCGAUCACGUUGUGAACAGCGUGAGUGGGACCAUCACCAGCCCUAACUGGCCAGAUAAAUACCCCAGCAAGAAGGCCUGCACCUGGGCCCUCUCCACCACCCCGGGACAUCGGAUCAAAAUAGCUUUUAAUGAACUUGACAUGGAGCCUCAUCUGGAAUGUGCUUAUGACCACAUUGAGAUUUACGACGGUCGGGAUGGGAAAGCACCAAGCCUCGGCCGCUACUGCGGCACCAAGAAACCUCAACCAAUCAUAUCCACCAGCAACAAGAUGUUCAUCCGCUUCUUCUCUGAUAACUCUGUGCAGAAGAAAGGCUUUGAGGCUUCCCAUACUGCAGAGUGCGGAGGCCGUCUGAAAGCAGAGGUGAAAACUAAAGACCUCUACUCUCAUGCCCAGUUUGGUGAUAAUAACUACCCCGGGGCGUCAGACUGUCAGUGGGUGAUCACAGCAGAGAAGGGCUACGGCGUGGAGCUCAUCUUCCAGACCUUCGAGAUCGAGGAGGAGGCCGACUGUGGCUAUGAUUACAUGGAGCUGUUUGAUGGGGCGGACACCAAAUCACCCAGACUUGGCCGCUACUGUGGAUCAGGGCCUCCAGAAGAGAUCUACUCCGCCGGUGACUCCAUCGUCAUCAAAUUCCGCUCAGACGACACCAUCAAUAAGAAGGGCUUCCAUGUGCGUUACACCAGCACCAAGUUUCAGGAUACACUCCACUCCCGUAAGAAGUGACCUCUAGUGGCCGGGAGGGGCCGUGCAGGGCCUAGGGGGAAGCGAAAGGGCCCCAAGGGGAGGGCCCAGCCCAUCGCUCAGAGCCCCCCGGCCGCCAAGAACACCCAGACUCAACGAACCAGCCGCAAGAACGCCAACGACACCUCAGUAGUUCACAGGGGUUCUGGCAUCCCCUACUGACUGUGAGGAGUAAAGCCAUUCCGCAGUAGACCUUGUUUUUACCUUUUUUUUAUUAUUACUUUCGGGGCAAGAUGUGGAGGGGGGAGGGGGUGGAAUGUAUUCAGUUGCUGGAUACCAGAUAUAGGGGUGAAAUCAAAUGUGGGAAGGGUGGGUGUAGCUGAUCAGAUACUGGAACCCCCUCCUUUUUUCACCUUUCAUGAGCCGAGAGUGCAUUGAAAAACACAAAUACACUGAGGAAUUCCUGCAGGAGAACCGAGCAGUCAACCAAACUCACCAAACCAGUCGUCUGUGCAACAGUGGGAUAGAGGAAGUGAGAAAUGAGUGAAGCAGGGGCAUUGACGAUGAUGUCCCUCGCAUGUUUUCCAACCUUGAAACGUAAGAUUUACCGAUACACUGUGGGGAAACAACUGUCUCUUUUUGACAUUAUUGCCAUUGCUUGUUCAUAAAGAGUCUCCUUGGCCAUUGUGGGCCAGUUUCUUUGUCAUUACUUGAGCAAAUGACACUGUAUGUCAAAGAGAUGCAUGUGGUACAGCUAGAAGGAAAUGUGGACGUAAUGGCACCAGCAUUUGUAAUUACUCGUUUUUUCUUGGCCAGUAAUCCAGACGGUUCCCUGCCCGAAAUUAUCACUCUCUCUCGUUUUUCAGAAUCAUCAGAAUCGUUAUUCAGGUUUUACAGAAUCAGUUAUCAUAUUAAAAGACUAAUAAACAAAAUGUGGCCCAUGUCUGAUGGCUGUUAAUUGCUUUUGCAUAAAAACAGGAUGAUAUUUAGUUUUCGUUAGUUUAAGCACACACGCUUUCAAGAUUCUGUUAAUUUACUGCUGUCCUCUUAACACUCACUCUGUGCUUCGCCAAUCAUGAACAAAUUAGGCACAAUCGCUUGAAAAUUGGUGGGCGCUCUUGUGUCUGGUAAUCCAACCGCUGUUUUUUAAUCUUAUUUUUCCUUUUUUCAGGCUCUUUCCUCACAGUACAUGACCAACAGUUGCUUUCAAAAUUAGCAUCAUCGUAUGAUAGCUGUUUGUGUGGACCAUAGUCAGGAUAGACAUCAUUAAAAAAAUUUAAUUAGACACGACCUAUGAACUUAAAGAUUUAGUUCAGUCAAAGAGUCUGUCAUCAUUUACUCCAAGACCUGACACCUAUUGAACAAACCAUAGUGUUGCAUUUUAAUUCAGAUCAGAUUACAUAUGGUUUCUACUCUGACUGUUGAUCUGUUGUCUCUGCACCCAAUACAAUUAUGAGUUAACAGCAGUCCUCCGGUGGCCUAUUGCAAGAUAAAUGUUGCUCUUACACCGCUGACUAUGGGGAAACUGUUAUUUUUUUUUUACAUUUUUAACAAUAACGUACCUCACCAUGUGGGAGAGUGUUGGGAUGGUGCUAUUUCAAAUGAGCCCUGCGCCCCAGUCAUUGCGGCCACUUGAAAUCGCUCUUUCUCCAUUGAUGUGCAAUGUCAUUUGGGAAAAGAGGAUGUUUGAUGUCAAAUCUGUGUGGAAUAGUGCUGAAUAGUGUGAUCCCCAGGGUUGCUCGUUUGAUCUGAAGUGUUUGCGCACUCCAUUUCCUGGAUCAUCCCUGUGAAGUAUGCAGUCUGCAUUGCUGCUCCCUACCUCUCUCUCUCUCCUUCUGGCUCUUGCAGAACUCCUUCAAAGGCUGUUGACUCUGUCUCCUCUGUUUCAACUGCUCUUUUCAUCAUAUGAUAUCAUUUCACACCUGUUUGCCUUUGUGGAUUUACCUAAAGCUCUUUUCAAUCUCAGGUUCAGGAUAUCUGAUUGUUGUUACCCACUGAAUCAUUUCAAGAAGCUAGAUUUUAAUUGUUGCAGGACUUGGUUACUGUUUGAAAUCCAGGCAGGCAAAUGACGAGGAUUAUGGUUUUUAGAGGACACAUUUUGGGGUUUUAAAAGGUUUUAGACGUGUCUGCAAUGCCUUCCAUCUGAACCUUCAAGCCACAUGUGCUGGGACCAAACAAGUUGCUUGAUAAAAGUUCUUGCAAGCUUACCCUAAUGCUCAAGAUCAACUAACUUCUAUCCUAGUUUUUCAAAUGGAUUUUAUUUUGUGUGUCUAAGAGAACGUCUAUACCCAAUUUAGCAUCUCUUUAUUGAAUAUGCUACCUAGCAUAGCUUUUUAGAGUAGUGGAGCACUUGUACAUUUAGCUAAUCAAAGCACAUCCUCCUAAGCAUUAUUAAUGUUUUUAAUGCCCAGGUUAUUUCUUGUUAGAAAUAGUGUUAUGUGGGCAAAUGUGGAAUUCAAAUGAUCUGUUUUAGCACAUUUUUGAAAUGUUACCUCAGCAUAAUAGUGUAUGCUUGAUUUAUUCACCCUGACCGGCCUUCCCACGCAAGACUUGGUACAUGUUUAUGCAUUUUAUCAUAUGUAUGUAUGUAAAUAUGUAUUAAUGUAUUCAAAGUACACUAAACCAUAGAUAACUUGAUGAGAACUAAGGCUAUGUGUAAUUGCAGACAAAAAGAUGCAAUUUAUUUAUAUUGUAUAGCUAAUUUUCACCUAUGUAUUGCACAUAGUGUUAACAAGUGCAUCUAUUUCAUAAAAUGUUAUUUUCAUUUUGAAAUGCUUCAUGUCACAUUUUGUCUUGUAGACUCAGGAAUUAUGGACUGACCAUUUGAUUAAUUGAAUUAAAGCUCAAAUAUACCAA